CCGGCCAUGAGAGCGGACUAGGACGGACCUCCCCCGGCGCCUUUUUCCCCCUAGCCCUAGAGGGAAGUGGGAGCAGGUUGAUUUGGGGUCCGCGGGGCUCAAAACCCCCCGUGGCAAAGCCCGUCCCCUCUCCCAUCCCUCUCCGGGAGCGUUGGAGGAGCUGGGCGGGCUGUGCUGGGCUGGGGUUUGCUCUGAAUGACCGAGCUCUCCCAUUCAAGACCUCGCAAUCUCGAAGCAGGCGAGGGGGCUUUUUUUCCUUCUCUCUCUUUUUUUUCUUUUUUUUUUUUCUUUUUUUUUUUUCCCCCGUCUUGUCUUCCCCCCCCACCCCCCUCUUUUUUAUUUUUUUUUUUCCCCUGCUGCUCCUCUGAUUUAGAAGCAAAUCUCAGGGGCUGCAGAGAGAAUUCGUUUUUCUGCCAUCGUCAUCGUCGCUAUUAUUAUUAUUUUUUUAAUCUUCCUCCUUUUCCCGUUUUGGAUCUUAACCCUUUGAUCUGUUUCCUUUAAAAGACUCUGAUUCCCAACUCCCAUCAGGGGGAGAGGGAGGAGAAAUACAGGGAAGGAAAAAAAAAGCCCGAGCGAGUCGCUGCCCUCAGCUGUUGGCCAGGUUUGGUGGGGGACAAAAGUCCCUUUAAAAUAUUGAAUGUCAGUUGCAAACCUAAGAAAAGAAAAAUCUGAUCUGGAGCGCUAAAUUUAGGAGCUUUAUAUGGAACUUGGACUCUGCUGCUGGAUUUUGUAUGGAUUUUUUUCAACCUUUGGGAGGACAGACCCCGGCGUCCGCCCCUAGACCGCACUGAGCGACCGAAGCGGCUGGGGGGAAACGUCGACAGAGCUGCCGGCAGAGAUGGCCGAGAAUUGGAAGAACUGCUUCGAAGAGGAGCUCAUCUGCCCCAUUUGCCUGCACGUCUUUGUGGAGCCGGUCCAGCUGCCCUGCAAGCACAACUUCUGCCGGGGCUGCAUCGGGGAGGCGUGGGCCAAGGAGUCGGGCUUGGUGCGGUGCCCGGAGUGCAACCAGGCCUACAACCAGAAGCCCAACCUGGAGAAGAACCUGAAGCUCACCAACAUCGUGGAGAAGUUCAACUCCCUCAACCUGGAGAAGCCCCCCUCGGUCCUGCACUGCGUCUUCUGCCGCCGGGGCCCGCCGCUGCCUGCCCAGAAGAUCUGCUUGAGGUGCGAGGCUCCGUGCUGCCAGUCCCACGUCCAGACCCACCUGCAGCAGCCCUCCACGGCCCGGGGGCAUCUCCUGGUGGAGGCGGAGGACGUGCGGGCCUGGAGCUGCCCCCAGCACAACGCCUACCGCCUGUACCACUGCGAGGCCGAGCAGGUGGCCGUCUGCCAGUUCUGCUGCUACUACAGCGGGGCCCACCAGGGACACUCGGUCUGCGACGUGGAGAUCCGCCGCAAUGAGAUCCGGAAGAUGCUGAUGAAGCAGCAGGACCGCCUGGAGGAGCGGGAGCAGGACAUCGAGGAGCAGCUCUACAAGCUGGAAUCGGACAAGCGGCUGGUCGAGGAGAAGGUGAGCCAGCUGAAGGAUGAGGUGCGCCUGCAGUACGAGAAGAUGCACCAGAUCUUGGAUGAGGACUUGCGGAAGACCAUGGAGAUCCUGGACAAGGCCCAGGCCAAGUUCUGCAACGAGAAUGCAGCCCAGGUUCUGCACCUCAAUGAGCGCAUGCAGGAGGCCAAGAAGCUCCUCAGCUCUGUGCAGGUCAUGUUCGACAAAACUGAGGACAUCAACUUCAUGAAGAACACCAAGUCUGUGAAAAUCUUAAUGGACAGGACUCAGAACUGUACAGGUGGCAGCCUGCCCCCACCCAAAAUUGGCCACCUCAACUCCAAGCUCUUCCUGAACGAGAUCGCCAAGAAGGAGAAACAGCUGAGGAAGUUGCUGGAAGGUCCUUUGAGCACCCCCGUCCCCUUCCUGCAGAGCAUCCCCAUGUACCCCUGCACCGUCAGCAACUCCGGCGCGGAGAAGCGCAAGCACUCCACCGCCUUUCCCGAGGGCAGCUUCCUCGAGCCAUCGUCCGGGACUGUGGCGAGCCAGUACAUGAGCCAGGGCGCUUCGGCUGGCGAGGGGCAGUCCGCACAAGCCAUGGUGCCUUGUAGCUCCACGCAGCACAUAGUUGGACUUCCUAGCGGCCCGCAGCCGGUGCACUCGGGCUCCGUCUUCAACCCAUCUCACUACCCCAACACCACGUCAUCUCAGCAGUCCGUGCUCUCCCAGUACGGCGGGCGCAAAAUCCUCGUCUGCUCCGUGGAUAACUGUUACUGUUCCUCGGUGUCCAACCACGGCGGGCACCAGCCCUACCCGCGGUCGGGGCACUUCCCCUGGACAGUCUCGUCGCAGGAGUACUCGCACCCGCUGCCGCCCGCCCCCGCCGUCCCCCAGUCGCUCCCGGGACUUGCCGUGAGGGAAUGGAUUGAUGCAUCCCAGCAGCACGGGCGGCAGGAUUUCUAUAGGGUCUACGGCCAGCCGUCGGCCAAACACUACGUCACCAGUUAACCGUCGCACUCUCCGGAGAGUCCCGCUCGAUGACGUGUUCAGAGAGAAAAGUCUGGUUUGGUUUGGCUUUUCUUUUUUUUUUUUUUCCACCCCCGCCCCAACUCUGAAAUCAAACCCGAUUUUUUCCCUGCCUCACGCCCCUCCAGGAUUUUGGGGAGGGUUGUUCUGUCGUAUCUCUUUUCUUUUUUUUUUUUUUUUUUUUUUAAUCCUUUCAAAAUGAAAUUUUUUUUUUUCAUUUUAAUGCCUUUUUUUAAUUUAAUUUUGGAAGUCCUUCCUGCCCCUCGCUGGGUAGACACGAGGGAGAAAUUACCGAGAAGAAAUUGAUGGGGAUUUCAGUCGGACAUUUGGGUCUGUGCGUUGUGCUCUUCCUUGCUCCUCUCUGCCUUUGGAAAACUUCAGAAGGGACAAUGGCACCUUCUCUCUUUCUAUUUCUCCGAGUUUAUUUCUUCUGGUUUGGUUCAGUUUUGCCCCUUUCCCCACCCCUUUCCCCACCCCUUUCUUUCCCUUUUUAAAAAGAAAAAAAAAGAAAAAAUCUAUCAUUGAUUCAGUAUGAAAUGAUACUUGUAGAUUUUGGGUUUGUUACUUUUUUUUUUUUUAAAGGCUGAUUUUUUUUUUUUUUUUUUUUUGUGUUACAAGGCCACUUCUCAUGCAUAUUGGCAUUUUUUUCCUUCUUUCAGAGAUUUGUAAAUACACAAUGGCAGGAAAUUUAAUGCACAAAACAAAAAAAAAAAAAAAAAGGGAAAAGAAACUUUACAAAAAACCACAAAUAAAUAAAUAAAAAAAAAAAAUCUGUUCUAGUUUUCAGGAGGGGAAGCGUGACCGAAACGCACUCCCCUCCUGCAUAUCGCUGAUGCAACUUCCUGUAACAAGCACUUUGUAUAAAAAAAAAGUGGACUUCCUGCUAUAAGGCACAGGUAUUUAUUCUGUAACCGAUUUUAGACACACACACACACACACACACACACACACACGCAAAAUAUUCAAAUAAAUGUGAUCACUUAGUGCAAA